UCGCUGGGUUUUGUCAGUAAACAGGUGCACGGCGGGGCGCGCGCUUCUCCUCGGACGGGGAAUCCAGCUGUGGAAUCCAGAGGUUUAGCUCCGAGCACCGCGAGCCACCGGAGGCGGAGGUCUGAUUGCUGCCUCGAUCUCUGCAGAGCUUCCAGGGCUUUCUGAAGGUCACAGUUCAAAGGUCACACCCAAGGAGUCCCAGCAGGAUUUGGAGCUUUUGCUUUGUUAAAGUCAGUAAAUCCUCUGAUAAACGUGAGAAAACCCUGCAGUGGUGACGCUCCUGUAGUCUUUUAGAGACUUCAGCUCCUCUACUGAAGAUUUUCUCUCUUUUUUUAUCCGUGGAUUUAUCACUGGGGAGCAAACAGAGCGGAGCAGCAGAAGCGGACUUUUAGCUGUGAUCAACUGCCCGGUGUUUGAAGGUAACACUCUGCUGUGUUGGAUUAUGGGAGCAGUAGUGAAGGUCAGCGUUCUCCAGCUCUGCCUGUCCUCCUCUUUGAUCUCGCACCAUUAUUCCACUUCCCCCCACCUCCAUCUUUAGUUCCUAUUUUUCUAGGAUGAAGCGUUACACUUUGGUACACCCUUCCCCCGUCUCCACACUUUCUGAGGAAUACAGCUGGAGUGAAGCAGCGAUUCAGUGAGGGAGGUCAGAGGCAGAAGGACCAGAGCAGGAGGCAGAUGGCGUCCGGGCUGGAAAACACCAACAGCUGGAUGAAUAAAACAUUUGAGAAGUGAGGAAGUCGUGACGUCUGGCCGUGGAGUGAGAAUCUCUGCCCUGCUUCUCUCCUCUCCAUCCAUUUUUCAUCCUGUUGCGUCGGUUUUUGUGGACGCAGGAGUUCAGCCGGUCACUUGGACGGAGAGUUUGAGCACCUGAUUUUUCCCUCCUGCUCUCGCUCGGCUUGUUGCCCCUCGCCUUGGUCUUCCUUGCCCUCUGACCGCCCCCUCCUCCUCCUCCUCCUCCUCCUCCCCGGCACGGUGUGUGAUGGUGCGUCCCGUCGUCCCGGCCUUGAAGACAUGCCCGUGCAGGAGAUGGCGGUGAGUCCUGUCAAGUCCCUGUACUGGGAGCAGCUGCCCCCCAUGUCACAGCGCCGUGUCUACUGCGCCCCCGUCUACCUGGAGGGUCUGCUGUACGUGCUGGGCGGCUGCAGCGAGACCGGCACGCCCCUGGACGGCGCCGAGGUCCUGGACGUGGAGAGCCAGACCUGGAGCCAGCUGCCGCCGCUGCCCACGGCGCGGGCGGGCGCCUCGGCCGUGGCGCUCGGGGGCCAGGUGAUGGUGCUGGGGGGCAUGAACCAGCAGCAGACCCCGCUGGCCUCGGUGGAAGUGUACCAUCCUGACGAGGGCAAGUGGGAGACCAGGGCCAGUCUGGGCCAGCCGUCCAUGGGAGUCACCACCGUGGAGAAAGAUGGGAAGGUGUACGCGUUGGGCGGGAUGGGAGCAGACACCGCCCCGCAGGCCCUGGUCAGAGUGUACGAGGCGGAGAAGGACCAGUGGCAGGCCACGACCUCCAUGCCCACGCCGCGGUACGGAGCCACGCCCUUCGUCAGAGGGAACAAGAUCUACAUGAUGGGUGGUCGUCAGGGGAAGAUGCCGGUGACGGCGCUGGAGGCCUUCGACCUGGAGACGAAGAGCUGGACGCGCUACCCCUGCAUCCCCAGUCGGAGGGCCUUUUCCUGCUGCGCCAUGAACGAGCGGAGCCUCUUCAGCCUGGGGGGCCUCCAGCAGCCGGGACCACACAACUUCUACUCCAGACCUCACUUCGUCAGCACCAUGGAGGAGUUCGACCUGGACCAAGGUAUUUGGAUCAAGCCCACCCGGACGUCCCGGAUGAGGGAGAAGCGGGCCGACUUUGUGGCAGGAUGUUUGGGAGGAAGAGUCAUCGUAGCAGGUGGUCUCGGUAACGAGCCGUCGCCGCUGGGCUCGGUGGAGAGCUACAACCCGGUGAAGCGGCGCUGGGAGUACGUGGCGCCCAUGCCCACCGCCCGCUGCUCCUCCGCCCUCCUGCAGACUGCUAGCAUGCUCUUUGUCAUCGGCGGCGUCGCCCAGGGUCCCAGCAACGCCGUGGAGACGCUCUGUUUACAGGAAACUGUGUGACUCACACCACAGCACGCACACACACACACACACACACACACACACACACACUGGGGAACAGCAGGAAUCAAAUGCC